AUGAGUGAUACAACUACAACAACUGUUCCAUCAAUAUCAACAUCGAAUAGAAAUACAAUGACAGGACAUAUUAAUCAUUUUGGAAAAUAUAUUAAACUUAAUGUAGGAAAUCAUUUGUUUUUAACUAGUUUUCAUACUUUAACUAAAGAAGAACAUGAUGGUAAACAUUUUGAUUUAGUUUUAAAUUAUUUACGUGAUGGAACAAUUAAUUUACCUGAAUGUAAUCAAAUAUUAAAUGAAUUAUUACAUGAAGCAAAAUUUUAUUGUAUAGAAUCUCUUAUUGAACAACAAUUACGAACACGUUCAAGAAAAAAUGCCGGUGAUACAGAUGCUUGUUGUAAAGUAAUUAUGUUAACAUCAGCAAAAGAAUUACCGAAUAUAGUCACGACAGUACGUAAACCAAUUGUUAAAUUAGCUAUUAAUCGGCAUAAUAACAAAUAUUCAUAUACGGCUUCAUCAGAUGAAAUGUUAAUGAAAAAUAUUGAAUUAUUUGAUAAAUUAAGUAUUCGUUUACAUAAUAGAAUAUUAUUUAUUAAAGAUGUAACUGGAAGCGAAGAAAUAUGUUGUUGGAGUUUUUAUGGUAAUGGACAAAAAAUGGCUGAAGUCUGUUGUACAUCAAUUGUUUAUGCAACUGAACGAAAACAAAAUAAGGUUGAAUUUUUUGAAGCAAGAAUAUAUGAAGAAACAUUAAAUAUUUUACUAUAUGAAAAUCGAAAUGCAUCUGUCGAUGAAAUAAUUCGUGCAACAACACCACGUUUUGCAUCAGCUGCAUUGACUGAUGAUGAUUUAGAUGAAGAACGAAGUAUAAGUACAACUGUUGUACCAACAACAAAUCGAUCAACUAGAAAACGUUAA